AUGGAUAUGAGCCCAAUUCAAACGCCUGAGGGAGUUCCUCGUCUUUUUGACCUCAUUAGACCAAAAGAGAAAAAAUUUGCACCAGCAUUCUAUAAGGCUUUACAAAAUACUCUUGUUGCAGAAAACUUACAACAGGCCAGUCGGAUUGCAUACGGAAGACAGCGGUGGCGUGUGGUAACGUUGGACGGACAGCUUAUUGACAAAUCUGGAACAAUGUCCGGAGGUGGAAAUAAGGUAAAUCGCGGAGGAAUGAGUUCAAAAUUCGUUCCUGAUGUGACACCAGAGAUAGUUUCGAACUUGGAAAGGGAACGAACUC